CUUAAAAUAUGGCGGACAGUUCUCUUCCUAGUUGGCCAAUUAUAAUCAACAAAUCUUUGGAAGAAAGUGAGAUUUACAGACUUCUGAGGAGCAAACAUAAAGUUAGAGGUAUCAGUGAAUCUUCAUAGAAAUUUUUGCUAUUAUUUUCGCCGUAUCUGAAUCUGAAUUUGUUCUUACAGUUACUGACACAACUGGUCAAGGAGUUAUAAUUUUCCCUCUUUCCUCUGUCGCAUUUAUGGUCAUUUCCUUGGACCAUGCGUUGAAAGAAAACGAGGGGCAAACAGUAGUUAGUGCGGACAUUGUAGAAAGGUAAGUUAAAGAUCGCUUUGAGGGAAGCCGAUACAACAUUUGGAGAGAGAUAAUUUGGUAAAAGAAACAUGCAUUUGUCAGUUACCUUGUGCCAACAACAACAACAACAAAAAUUUCAACAAAGAGCAAGGGGAUUUGAAAAGAUUUCAAUUUGGUGUAAGAGUUGAGUAAAUUCAGGUAUUGUAGUCCUUGGUGGGACCUAUAAACAAAUAAAACCUGAUUUAGCCAACCCAUCUCUGUAACAUCUGUAAACUUGACAACAUCAUGCUUUUCUUUUCUCAGGGUGCAGAGACUAAAUCAAGUGCAUCAAAGAGCUUACGUUAUUCUCAUGGCUGCUCUUAUGGGAUCAAAGGAAAUGCAAAGCCUAACAGCGCUACAAAGCAGGUUAAAUUAAAUGAAAUCUGUAUUAAUUUUUUUAAUCACAAAUCAAUUUUUUUAAGCCAUAAUUAUUGUUGGGCUUACGCCUCUUUGCAUGCAAGUUCCCAGAUCUAAGAUUAUGCUGAUGUAGUGAGGGCAGCAACAUAUCAGCAACUUCCUGUGCUGUUGACCAUGAAAAUAAUCUUGUCAGCUUCCCCACGUUGCAUGAAAAAUAAUAAUGUAAGUUUAACUUAUUGUAGUGCUUGGGCAAACCCAUGGUUACAGGAAUCACCAGCUAUUAUGAUUCAUACAUUUUAUACAACUGGGUAUUUCUGUCUAGGUUAAGAGCUGCUCCGGCAGUUGGGCUAUGUUUGUUAAUUGUGCUUAUUACUCUGCCAGGUUUCUUGGAACAAAGGCAAAUUUCAUCCCUGCACAUAGUGCUAAAGAAUGUGUUGAUUUUAUGGUUACUAUUGCCAAGGUAUGACUGAUGUUAAGGAAUGAGUCUAAACUUUUCAAUAAUUCUAGAGUCAAAGUUAUUUUCUCAUGUAGCCCAGCCUGUGUACAGCUAGCUGCCCCCUCUCCUCAGAAAAAAAUUGGGAGGGAAGGGGGCGGCUGUGCACAUCAGGCUAUAUGUAGCCUUCAUAAAAGGAAUUAUUUUAGUCAAGGAAAAGACGGGAGAAGAAAAAGAAACGUUUUUCCCCAUCCCUACUUGUCUUACUUUUCCAUCUAUGUACUGUGUAUUUGGCUUUCUAAGGCAUGUUGCAUCGAGGUCAAUAAAAUUUUUUACAAGACAGUGUUUUUGUGUUCCUUUUGUUUCAAAUGGGAAAACAAUAACUUCACUGGUAAAUAACUCUUGGCCACCAUUAGCAAAAGAUGGACCUCUUUGGCAGUAUUUUUGGAUGGCACUGUUUACUUCUGCACUCGGAACAUGACGUGGCAUGAAACUGUUUUGGGCGUGAAAGUCCAUAACUGAAAACUGCCCCAUGUCAUGUUACAUACGUUACAUAACCUCAAAGAACAAAUUUCUUACAGGUUACUUGUAAGCCUAUGGCAGGAUUGAUACAAGAAAGAAUGAAGAGGUUACAAGAGUCAACAGUUACUGACAAUGUGGUUCUUCAUGCCCUUGGAAACAUUGGACUUGGCAAUCAUGGUAUCCUUUUUCAGAGGUUUUAUCCCCAAAGCUAAAUAUUAUUGCAAUUUUGCAAUAGACCUUUUGCAUAUUCUGCUCCAGUGAGUACACAAAAUAAAUCUGAGUUAUAUGCAAAGGUGGAAAAUUUCACAGAAUCACUGUAUUUCGACGCUCCAAUCCUUAAGUUAGUACCUUUCUUCACAGGAUUGUGGAAAGGUCUGUUCCAUGAUAUUAUCAAUAUGGUGUAAAGUCCCUCAUGUUACAUCAUCUGAUGCCACAAAGUAUUGAAUCUGGCGCUUGAGGUGGGGGGAUGGAGGCAUUUGACUCUUGCAUGUGAUAGUUAAGGUACCAUGUUUACAGGGUAUGAGGUUGCUAUCUUGAUUUCUUAUAAGUGGGAAGAAAGAAAAAAAACUGAGAAGAAAGCAACUUGCACAUGGGUAUUGAGCAGGAACCACCCCCCAAAACCAUAUUACUUCCCGUUACAAUGCCCAAGGGGAGUUUAUUCUCUACCUACAAUAAGGGACAAACGUUUUGACACACUUCUGUAAAUGGGCCCAUUUUUCAUAGUGGGCAUACCUAUCCCCUUCCCCUGUGUACCCCCACCCCUCCCCCCAAAAUCAAUGUUGUAUUUCAUACCAUCAAGUCUUUCUUCAACUAAAAACAACAUUGAUUUAGGGGUGGGGGGAUUUACGGCCUUUAAACACAGUCGUAUGUUAAAGGAAAGAAAUUGUUAAUGAAAGCGCCGUGUUUUAGACAAGUAUGUCAACUACUUUUGUCCCUGAUUGCAGCUAUCCCUCACCAUGAGAACUCUUGAACUCAACAAUCCUUUACACGGAAAAUAGGGCACUGUGCAGGUCUGGGAAUGCAUGUUCAUGACUAAAUCAGAAUAGUUAUCAUUAAGGAAAUAAUACAGUCAAGUUUUCUUUCCUUAACAUCUGAAAAGAGUGUUUGGUGCUUCAAGAUGGUCUUAAAACUGUUUCCAGGGUGUCACAAGCCACAGAGGAGGAACUGAUAGACUGUAGUCUAGAUCACCAAACUGCACAGAAAGUCAUCAACUUCUUUGACAAAGACUGCAUACAGAUUUGA